CUUCCUCUCCGGUCCUGCAACACCCACGAUGGCUGAGGAGAACUACAAGGAGUAUCUUGCGGCUCGCGUUCUCACCGACAACCGACCGGCCACUUACCGGCUGCUCAGUCGAGCGCUGAAGGUCAAUGUCAAUACCGCGAAACAGAUGCUCUACGAAUUCCAUUCCAAGCAGAACGCGAAGAAGCCAAAAUCCGUUCACGCGACGUACCUCCUCACCGGCAAGAAGCGAAGCUCCGAGCACUCCAACGGGAUCAAGGGCAAGGAUGGAGAGGACACUGUCAUGCGCAGCUCACCCUAUAUGAGCUCAAUGCCUGAGCCGGAGGCGCCCGCGGAAGAGCCGGUGUCGAAGACGUCCAUUGUGCUGGCGAGGGAAGAGGAGCUUGAGAAGACCAAAGCCGAGUUCGACGAGAUCACAUCCAUACACAUAUACAGCUUAGAGCCUGGUCCAAUCGAGAAUCUCAAUGUGCUCUCGGUGUGCAACCAGGAGGUAGCUACUGAGUACGCGAACGAGGAUCCUUUGGCGCGAUGGAGGGUCUAUGGAUGCAUACACAAUCCCUAUAUCAAGCGGAGAACCACUAAAUACAAUCCUGCUCCACAGAAGCCAGCAACUAAACCUGCCUCUAAGCCCAGCGCUACCACUGCUGCGAAGAAAGAGGAGACGGCAGCACCUGCACGCAGAGGAAGUGCUUCGGAGGCUAACAUUUCAGGACGAUCAACACCCCAGCCCGGUCCAACUACUGCUUCGCUGAAAAGGUCUGAUUCAAAAUCGAAUGUUAAGAAAAACAUGACGGCGGGAGAUAUCUUCAAGUCAUUCGCCAAGGCCAAGCCCAAGGCAAAGGAGGCUGAGAAAUCGAAGGAAUCCACGCCUGCCCCUGCUGAGGAUGAACAAAUGCAAGGCAUGUCCGAAGAUGAAGGCGAUGCGGACGAUGAGCCCCAGGUCCAGUUCGACAAAGAAAAGGCAGAAACAGCACGAAAAGCCCGCGAAGAGCGUGAGGAAAAGCUACGAAAGAUGAUGGAAGCUGACAUAGAGAUGUCCGAUGCCCCGCCAGAAGCAGAGAAUGAUUCACAAGACGCACCGUUAGACAAGGAAGCGACGAGCAAAUCGGCCGAGAGCGAAGCCACCGUCAUCGUCCAAGGCGGACGAAGACGAGGCCGCCGGCGCGUAAUGAAGAAGAAGACAGUGAAAGAUGAGGACGGGUAUCUCGUCACAAAGGAGGAGCCAGUCUGGGAGUCGUUCUCAGAAGACGAGCCACAGCCUAAGAAGCCAAAACCCGCCCCCAAGCCUGCGAGCACAGCGAAGGGCAAGAAGGGCGGCAAGCAAGGUCAAGGCAGCAUUGCGAGCUUCUUCACUAAAGGCUGAUGGCCUGCAUGCACAACGGCCUGAGUUGCUCAAAGGAGCGGUCACGGCUUGUUUUCAAUCAUGGUGGAUCAUUCGCUCUCCUCUUGGUCCCACUUGCUCUUGAGCAUAUUGAUCCUCUCGAUCCUCCAUAUGUUGCCGAACCCUGUACCUCCACGAUUUGCAUCGAUCAUCCACGCGAGUAGAUCGUAUUGGACCCUUUCCAACCCAGUGUUAGGUCAAGCCGGCGGUCAUCUCGGACGGGAGUAUGUCGGAGGAAAUCCGUAUUGUACAUCAAGCACAUCAUCCACAGAUCAUGCCUACACAUGCCGCGAGAAUAUGCAAGUUAGCGCACACUAAGCCCCGGCUCCAACCAACACAGGACCCAGUGAGCAAAUUCAACCACUCACAGAAAUACACAUAUACUCAAUA